AGACAUUUGUGGUUAGAGUUGUCUGCUCUAGUCGACUGGAAAAAAUGCUCCCUGAAACUACUACUCUUCAACCACUUCCAUCUGUUACGACUAUCAUGAAUGAGCCGCCAGCGAGAAGUCCAAUGGAGGACUAUUAUUUAUUUAAUCAAUUUCAAUAUAAUCAAAAUCCAUAUGUCUACCCACCGCAGCCCGUGUACUACAAUACUUGGCAAGAUGCUUCAACUCAUCACUUUGAUCCAUUCCAGAGUUAUCAAAUUCCAUCUCCAUACGAACAACCAAUUCAGUCGUCAAUGUGUACUACUCCAUUACAACCACUUGAAGAUUCCAGAAUUAUUUUUGAUGAAAGCUUGACGAAAAAUGAAAAUGAGCAAAAAUCCUUUGUGGAGCAAGAUAGCAGUUACGAAUCAUCUGGAAACCGAUUUGGUUCACAGAAGGGAAAGAAAAUUGCAAAAGUAAUUCGUGAUGCGUGCUGCUCACACUGCUCAACAACUACAACCACACUUUGGCGUAAAAAUGAUGAAGGGAAUCUUGAGUGCAAUGCUUGCAACUUGUAUUACCGUCACAACAAAGUGAAACGCCCGUUAUCCCUCUGCAAGCAGAAGCCAACUACUCGAAAGCGGCGUCAAGCAAAAAAAGAAUAGACAAGUUUGGACUGUAUCGCCAUUUUUCCAGCAUAUUACGUAUCCCUCUACAUCAAUUGUACCGUGUUCUAUGCGCUGAUUUGUAUUCGUUUUUUAAAAAAGAUUAUAUAUCUAUGUCAUCUUUUCCACUGAUAUUACCAUAUUCAAACAUUUGUAAUGUCAACUUCAUUAUUAUUUUUCUUAAAUAAAACGUUAGAGAU